AUGUUCAUCAAACACUCAAAAUCUCAAAUCAUUCUUGCUCAAGUUUAUGUUGAUGACAUCAUCUUUGGAUCCACUGAUGAGAAACUAAGUUUAGAAUUUGCUGAAAUCAUGGCUAUGAAGUUUGAGAUGAGCAUGAUGGCUAAUCCUAAGGAAUCUCAUCUUCUCGCUGUAAAAAGGAUUUUUUGCUACUUAAAGUAUACACCCAAUCUUGGAUUAUGGUAUCCUCAUGAUUUUGUGUUCAAGCCAGUGCGAUACACUGACUCUGAUCAUGGUGGAUGUGGCAUUGAUCGUAAAAGUACUUCAAGAGGAGCUCAAAUAACUGGAGAUAGACUGGUGUUGAAGUUUGGGGCAGUGUUUCGGGAGCGUGAUUUCGUGGUACAGUCCGGCAUUACAAGCUAUCUCAUAUGGGAAGCCAUUACGAUCGGUCCAUUCAUCCAUUCGGGAACAAACAGGACAGUGAAGACUCAAAAGGAAUAUAAUCAGCUUUUAUUGGAAGUAGAAAAGAUACCACAAGACGAAAAAGAUAAGCUGAUGUGUAAUCUCAAAGCUUUAAAGAUGAUCCGACUGAAAGAAUUGUAUUCAACUGAUGAAGAUCUAGAGCACUCAAUACAAACCUUGUUGCUCUCUGAGUUCGGUGUCGUUGCUCAAAAACCUGAGGAGACUCUUCUUCAGACGUUUGAUCGUUACAAUCAUCUGCUCAGCAAGAUGAUGAAGCAUGGUAUUGAAAUAAAGGAGAUUGAACAGAAAGUCAUGUUUAUGAAUGGCCUGAGACCUAAGUGGAUGGCAGUGGUCUCAACUAUAAAGGAUCAUGAACAGUUCAAGUCUUACUUGCUGGCAAAACUGAUGGGCAUCCUAAAAUCCGAUGAAAGCACAGUAACAAAAGAAGUGAAGGUUGUGUCUGGCAUGGGCUCUCUAGCCCUUAUUUCGAAAAGGAUGAAUGUGACGGAAGAAGAAGAUGAAUCAGAUUUGUCUGAGUGUGACCUUACAAGUGAAGAAUAUGCGAUGAUGGUCUCCAAUUCUAAGAAGUUUGCAAGAAGGAAACUCCCUGCCAAUAAGAACCGAAAAUGGCAAGGGAAUUACAGCUCAGAGAAGGUGAAAGAAGAAAUAAAGAACGUCUCUCAAAAGGAUGAUGAUAAGAAAGAAAGCAAGAUAGCAGGAGAUUCUGGAUACGAUUGCAAUUAUUGUCACAGCAAGAACCACUUUGCCAAGGAUUGUGUGCUGAGAAAGAUGGAGAAUCUGGACAAUGAUGAGUUCGGUGGUGUUGAAGUCUGGUCAACUGACUCUGAAGAUGAAGAAGUAACAAAGCCCUCGCAUGGUAGAGCAUAUGUAGCUAAAGAGGGAGUCAGCAGUUCGGCUGGGAAGUGCAUGAUGGUAUCUACAGAAACACCAACCGAAGGUGAGGAUAAUGAGCUGAAUCUGAAAAGAGACAAAUGUUUUGCAGUCAAGCCCGUGAGCGAAACGAUCAACGACUGCGAUCGAUUGAUCAAAAAGGAGGAUGAAGUUAUUGCUGAAUGUGAAUCAAUAACGUCCUCUGACGAAAUAUCAGUCACUUACAAAUAUGGACUGGACAAAAUUGAGACCUUUAUCGAAUCCAAAGAACAUAAAAGUAUGCUGAAAAAUCUGUUGGAUGAAAAUGAUAGGUUGAAAAUUAAGUCCGAAACCAUACGAACAUUUGACUCGUCAAAUGCCAAACUUUGUUUAGAUCAUAAAAUAAAUGUCGAAAACACAUUAGAAUUCAAUGAGGACAUUGAUUUAUGUGAAAUAUCAGUGGAAGAUGUAGUUGAUUGUUCUGAGUUCUUAAAGAGCGAAACCGAGAAAGAAGCAACCCUUAUAUCUGAAAACUCUGUUGCGUAUGCUCGCUUGUCGAAUGACAAGUCCAAGAAACUCAAAGAGAAAGCAAUGGUUUACCAGAAAGUUCAAACCGUGCCAAAUCAAGUUUAUGCAGUCACAGGACUCACUGGAAAACAAACAACAGAACUAAAAAUCAUGGUUGACAAAGACAAUGCUAAAGGCUGUGAUAACUAUUUCUGGUACACUCCUAUCGAUAAUGCAGACGAGACUGUCGGUCUGUCAGAGCAAACCUCAUGGAGGGUAAAGGGCAGAUAUGUAGCCGAUCCAAUCAACAAACCCUCAAGCUUUGACAAACCAAGCACAAGUAGAACCAAAGAGAUACCGGAAGAACCGGGAAAGAAACCUGAAGAAUCAAAGAAAACUUCAAAUUUAUAUCCUAAUUCAACCGAAUUUCAAAAGGAGAAGCAGAAGUCAAGCUUCAACAUUCAUAAAUCUCAACAUCAAUUGGAUGAACAGAAACGGGAAAGAUUGCAACACAACCUCAUAAGUGUAUCUCAAUUGGUUGUGGGAACAGGACUUAAAGUCUCCUUUGAUGAUGAAGGUUCAGAAAUUAUUGAAAAACAAUCAAAAAUAGUCUUGUUAAAAUCCGAACGAAAGGGUGAAAUGUACCCCCUUAAUCUCAGUCCAAUUAAAGGGAAACCAAAUAUAUGCCUACUGUCCAAAGCUAAUUCUGAUGAAAGCUGGUUAUGGCACCGGCGGUUAUCACACCUAAACUUCAAAGACAUUAAUAAUUUAGUACUUGGAGAUCAUGUUCGAGGCCUCCCUCUACUCAAAUUUGACAAGGAACACCUGUGUGCAGCUAGUGAAAAGGACAAACAAAGAUGA